GCGGUUGCCUUCUUGUUAACAGCUAAUGCUAUUGCUAAUGCUAGUUGUUCAACGACGAAGGCACCCACAAAAAUAACACCAGCACAACAACUUUGUUGGUGGCGACUUACUGAUCCAGGUGAGCUGAUACUUUCGUGUCUUUUCGUCCAAGUUAAUGAAUGUUUUGUCUGUGUACGAGCAGCACUUACCGGCCACCGGAGGAGAUGCCUUUGCUGGUGACAGACCACUGCUGGACCCAGACACAGUCCAUGGUCUACAUUAGCGUCCCUCUGAAAGGAGCCAAGAAAGUGGACGUGUUGUCAUCAGACGAGUACCUGAAGGUUCAUUUCCCGCCUUUUCUAUUAGAGGUCUUCCUGUCUGAGCUUGUUGACGAUGAUCAAAGCUCAGCAAAGAUUGGAAAUGGGGUAGCAGUCAUCAGUUUGUCAAAGAGGACCAAUAAACUGUGGGAGCAUCUAGCAAUAAGCACAUAUGAUAAAGAAACAAAAAAGGAAAUUAGACUGAGAGCACUGUCCAAAAUGCAGGAAAAGCUUGCUGCAGAAGCACAAACCAAAUCGGAAAAAAAGCAUAAGGAGAAGAAGUAUACUCUGAAGACAAUGAUGAAUAUUGAAAAGGAUGAGCGAGAAAAAAUCCAGAAAAUGAAGGAUGACGAAAGAAAGUCAACCACUGCUGAACUAGAAGCGUGGCAAAUGAAGGAGAAGAAGAAAGAUGAGGAAGGAGAGAGACUAAAAGUCCAGAGCCGGACAGCCAAUCAAAGUCAAAUAAAAGCUCCUAAAGAGAACUUUGACAGAGGCAGGUCACGUGAAUCAAAAGUCAUAUUUGAUCAAAGAAGUGGAAACAAAGAUGAGGGGAAGAAAAAACAUGUGGCUCUUCCUGCUCCAAGAAUUCCGGGAAACAUAGAGGUCUCGUUCACUCCUCGAGUUUUCCCCACAGCUCUCAGAGAGUCAAUGGUUGCUGAGGAAGAGGAGUGGCUGAAAAAGCAAGCAGAGGCCAGACGUGUAGUUAAUGCAGAUGUGGAGGAACUGAACGACUUAAGGGAGGAAGAGAGAAAUCCUGAUUGGUUGAAGGAGAAAGGAAACAAAUGUUUUGCAGCCGGAAACUACCUUGGUGCUCUGAACGCCUACAACCUGGCUAUCAGGCUCAACAGAAAAAUCCCAGCUCUGUAUUCAAACAGGGCUGCGUGUCAUCUGAAGUUACGGAACCUUCACAAGGCUAUCGAAGACUCCUCGAAGGCCCUUGAACUGCUGACUCCAGCCGUUUCUGCCAAUGCUACAGCCCGAGCGAGAGCACACGUGCGACGAGGGUCUGCUUUCUGCCAAUUAGAGCUUUAUACGGAAGGACUCCAAGAAUACCAAGCUGCCCUGAAGAUUGACCCAAACAAUGAAACACUGCAGGCUGACACACAGAAAAUCCGGGACAUCAUACAAAGCAGUGCACCAUAGCCUGUCACACAGUAAGAUUAAUGAUACUUAAACGGCUGCUCAUUCAUUUUUUUAAUAUACGUUUGUGUUUGGUAAUUAGGCGCGGUAAUUACACACACACACACACACACACACACACACACACACACACACACACACACCUGUGAAAUAAAAAUGCAAUCUUGCCCGUGUGUACCCCAUAACAAAUACAAUGUUUUGCAUUUUGUUCCCUUACUGUACCCAAAGAGAAAGGAACCAUGACCUUAAGACUGUAUUAAACUGGGAUUAUGGAGCAGGAGUGCCAUUAUGUUUGUUUUUGCGUGUACAUUUGGAAUCUGAAAGCCAAUGUCAAAAAUGCAUGUAGCUGUAUUAUUUCUAAAUAAUUAUUUGGCGCCUGUCUUUCUCAAAUAUAAAUAUUGUGAAACAUUUAUUCUUAUUAGAGUGUAAAUAUUGUCGUGUGUAAUAGUGUUUGACCGUUAACCAGCUAUUAAAUUCUCCAAAAGGGGGCAGCAAUUACCACAAAGUGGUGCUCCAGGGCCAUCAUGAUAAAAAAGGCCUACAGUUUUCCAUGUCAGUCACAGAUUUUUCCUUUGUAAGAUACAACUAAACAAUUAUACCUGCAGCUUUCAUUCAUUUUAGAUCCAAAGAACCUCUGAUCCAAGUAAUUUAUAGUAGUUGAGGUCAAAGGUCAAGUCAGAAUGUUUUUGCAUGCCUAAUUGAUUGCUCAAUCUCAAUAUUGUGAAGGGCUCCUAAGACAAAUAUGACACAUUUGAGGAACAUUACUGAAAAUACCAUUAGGGAAGUUUUAGCAUAUAAGCAAAUACAUACAACACAGCAAAUGGUGUGUGGAUACUAAGCAAAAUACGGGCAUUCAACAAACACUGUACUUUAAAUAGCAUCAAAAACAUCAUCCCUCCUUUGGAAGGGAUGAGAGAAACUAAUUGAGAACCUCUGACCUAGUCGAACUGCGCUUCUAUUUUUCUUGUGUUAAAAGAAUGUAUUUGAAAGCACCACUUUUCUGAGUAAAGACCAUGUUCACAAAGCUCUCAUCUGUGAAUCACAAGUAAGGGAUUGUGUUUGAACGAUUCAUAGGUCGAUCACAUAUGGUCAAAAAAGCUUCUUUGAUGGAACCCACCAGCUAAUUUGAGAAAAAAGCGAUAGGUCACCGCACAAUAGUUGUUUGUUCUGGCACUCCUGAGUCCGUUUGAAUUCCUUUUCCAUGACAUAAUCGGUUGAGUCAUUACAAAAUUAGUAUACUGGAUUUUAAAUGCAGGUUCUUUCUUGUUACUGAUUUAAGCAGAUCCAAUCUUUCCAAAGAUGUGAAGUAGCACUUGAGGACCUCGACCACACACCCUGCCCUCUGUCAGCAGAUACAAUAGAAAUCUUUAAACACCUCGCAAAGACGCUUUUCUUAUAUUUUAUCCUGAUACCAAUGUUCUGCUUUUCCUAAUCUUCUGAUCAAAUGUGCCGAAAGCAUCUGCAAUAAUUGCAAAUGGUUGAAAUUCAGCGUCCAAAGAAUGGGGUCAUUUAAGAGGCUGUGAUUUGAAAAGGAAUUGCAUUGUAGUAGCAUAGUUGAAGUAAAUGGUUGUCCGUGAAUUACUUUCAAAGCGUUUGAAAAGAUAAACACAAUCCCAGCACUCAAGACAAGCGAACGGCUUCAAGUGUUAUUACAAAAGAUUAAUGCAAGAGCUUGCAAUUGGAGUGCUGCUGAGAACUCAUGUCAAGUCGUUAGAGUUAAAUAAAAAGUGUAAUUAUUUAAUAAAUUGUGUGUGAGUUGUAAAAUAUUUAUUUUGCUUUCUGUAACUGUUGGUUGUGUAAUAGGUGUAAUGACAAAAGUCACCAUCCUGUUAAUUUUUAAGUUAAUUUGUGAUGGCUGACAGUGGCAGAUGCGCAGCAAUGCUCCAAACACGGAAUUAAUCCAAAACCUCAAACACCUUAAAAGAAAUGCAAAAAAAAAUGCAGCAAAUGCUUAAAACACUUACAAACCCCAAAAAUAACAUUCUUGAGAGGAAUGCUGCAAGUUCACUGAACAAAACACAAGUUAGCCAGGCUACCGGGGGAUCCAGACCUGAUAAGACAUGAUUGGGAUGCCCAGAAGAAAGAGGCCUAAUAAAAAUAAACAUGUUCCUUUUGGUCUUUUGUAAACACUUGGAUGUGAAAUUUUACAAUAUUAGUGCGCAAUCAAUAUUAGCUUUAGAAUGCGAUCAAGCGAUCAUGUGUUUUGUAAACUCUUUGACCCCAAAAUAACCUUGAACCAAAUGCUAUAUGUUACCCACUGAGUACAACACCUGCUGUUUCAACUGAGGCUCAAACGGGGGUCCUGGGAAAGAGAGCCAACCAGUAAAAUUACGAUGAUGUCAAUGUGCAGCACAAGCUCUUAAGGUGUUUGAGAGUGAUGUUUACCACCUGGCACAGCCAUACUGGCUGGCCUCCAUUACAUAUACAGCUUGCAUACACACUAUAAAGUAGGGCUGUGAACCUUUGGGUGUCCCACGAUUUGAUUCAAUAUCGAUUCUUGGGGUCACGAUUCGAUUCAAAAUCGAUUUUUUUUUUUUCAAUUCAACAUGGUUCUCGAUUCAAAAACGAUUGUUUUCCCGAUUCAAAAGGAUUCUCUAUUCAUUCAAUACAUAGGAUUUCAGCAGGAUCUACCCAAGUCUGCUGACAUGCAAGCAGAGUAGUAGAUUUUUGUAAAAAGCUUUUAUAAUUGUAAAGGACAAUGUUUUAUCAACUGAUUGCAAUAAUGUAAAUUUGUUUUAACUAUUAGAUGAAACAAAAAUAUGACUUUUUUUUUUUUGUGAAAAUAUUGGACACAGUGUGUUGUCAAGCUUAUGAGAAGGGAUGCAAGUGUAAGCCACUGUGACACUAUUGUUCUUUUUUUUUUUUUAAUAAAUGUCAAAUGUUAAUGUCAAUGAGGGAUUUUUAAUCACUGCUAUGCUGAAAUUAUAACUAAUAUUCAUACUGUUGUUGAAAAUAUUCAUUUUUGUUUCACUACUUUUGGUUUGUUCUGUGUCGUGUUUGU